AUGAAGUCAUUCCAUUAGUGCACAUUUUCUUUAUCUGAUGUCAAUUGUUGCUCAAUGUUUCAUGUUUUCGAAAAUAAGUCGAAUACGGCUAGUCCAACAUGGAGUUUUAAUGUAUAUUAUAUAAUUUAUAUAUUUGUAUGUGAUCUGGUUCUAUUCCCGAUUCAUUUCACAUUGUUAAUUUUGAGGAUGAUGUAAUUAGAUGUUACUGAUCGAUAUGAACAAAUUCGAUGAUGGGGUUUAGUGAAUGUUCAUCGAGUGAUUUGUCGCCAUCAAUCAAUACUUUUUUUUGCAUUCACUUCAUUGGCAAUUCCUCGAAGCGGCUCGCUGAUCCUCGGGAACCCGGGUUUGACAUAUGGUAAAGAAAAGUGGUAGGUAGGGGGGAGGGCGGUUCUGUACUUGGGUUCUUAUGUGUGUGCCUUUAUAUGUGUUUUCGCACAGCAACGAACAUUCGGUGGGGGCUCUUGCUUCUUACCAUGAAGUAACGGUGAAAUAGAAUGCAAUGGAUGCAGAAUUUCACAGACUACAUUUCGUUUUAGUUCUAUUUGAAAAUACCAAUCUCCAACCCACCACACACCAGAAAGGUUACUGUCAAGGAGACAGAGGAGUGCUCGUGCUGAAUUUUCGUUUCCAUCGCUUUUGGACCUUCUCUGUUCCCUAGGCAAGGAAACCGUCUAGCACGCCACCGCUUACACCGUUUGAGUAAAAACAGAUGAUCGAUUGGAUGUUCAAGUUCAACGGCAUUUUUAACGGAACUUGUAUUGUGGUGGUAGUUUCAGUUGCUCAGGAGGAUCUUCGGGUCAUGGUGAACCGCGCAGCAUGUUAAUCGUGGAACCGACGUUUAAACAUUCGUUCAGAGUAGUAACGCUUGUUGCCAUUGGCAUCUUUCAUAGUCCACGACCGGUCGCGCGACUGGUCGCGACCCACCGGCGACCGGUCGCGCGACUGGUCGUGGACUAUGAAAGAUGCCAUUAAGAACACAGGUAAUGAACUCAGCGAAAGAUAUGCCGUAGAUGGGACCCGUACGAUAAGAAUGAGAGUUCAGUACGGGAACGAUUAAAAUAUAGCGUACACAGGGCUUCGCGGACCUCGUCAUGCAUUCCACGACGUGACUGUCUUGAAUGGCAAGUUGUUGUACAAUGGUCGGGUUGGAGUUGGAUAGUCAAUAACUUGGCAGUGACUUUUAGACCAGGACAAAAGCCGGAUCACGUUCAGGCCCGGACCCACGGGCCGGUUACUACAGCACUGGGUUUCAAUGCUGCAUAUUAGUUACCUCGACGCACACCAACGUGUUCUGAAUUUUAUUCAGACCAAUAAGGUUGAAUGGGGAUACGGCGGUCCAAUGUAUCUAUCCUUAGCUGCUCAAAAUAUCUUCCACUAUUUGGCGUACUUCACUUCUCAAACUAAAAUGGAACAAAGCUCUGUUUAGAAGCCAUCCUAGGCGUCCGAACUUUUGCUUCACAGCGCAGGCAAGAUCAACUUGAGUAACAGGACUUGGUGCUUGUUAAGGGGGAUGGAGGAUAGAUGUACUACUAUACUUCAGGAAAUAGUUUCGGGGCAGGAAUCAAUCGAACACAACAGGAACACCCAUCGGGCAUAGAGACUCAGUCUAAAUCGGUCAUAAGUCGAGUAUAAGAGUACGUCACAAUGGUCCUUGGUUCAUCACAGUUUCAUCGAGCCUGUUAUGACUUAUCCCUCGGAAGUUCUUUGACCCUCAGCUCAUUGCGCUAUUUUGACUGUAAAAGGUUCCUUCGCUUCUUGAAACUGUGAAAUUGAGAGGGACUGCUAAAAGGUCGGUGGCGAUUACCAAUUGCACUUAAUGAUGCUCCUGAAAACAGUCUGAACCCUUUCCCUACCUUUUUUAUCCGUUGGCUUUAUCUAUGGCUGGAACAAGUCGUGCUCUCCCAAGCUUUUCUUGAAUUCGAGUCAAUGUAA